AUGGAGAUCAUUGCCUACCAUGACAUCGAGGCCGGCGAGGAGAUCACCAUUAGCUACGCGCCCAUGCACCUCCUCUCCGACGACCGCCGCGACAUGAUCAUCUCGUCCUGGGGCUUCGAGUGCAAGUGCCCUAUCUGCACCGACGAGGGCGAGAUGUACCUCUCCGACAUGCACCGGCGCCAGCUCGACCGCAUCAUGGAGGAGCUCGCCAUGCCCGAGGUGCGCACGCCGGCCCUCGUCAACGAGCUCGUCAGCGAGAUGGAGGACAUGAUCGACGACGAGGCCCUCGACUCGCAGCGCGGCGACCUCUACGGCGUCGUGUCGCGCGUCUGGUCCGAGGUCGGCGACUACGCCAAGGCCCUGCGCUACGCCGAGCGCGGCAUGGGCUUGCACGAGUACUAUCGCGGCAUCGACGACUCGAGCACGUGGCAGGCCAAGAGGUUUGUUGAUUUCCUCAAGAUGAAGAUUGGGGGCAGGAUCUGA